AUGAAUGAUGUACUACCGAAUGAACAAAAAGGAUGUAGAAGAAAGACUAGAGGAACAAAAGACCAAUUGUUAAUUGAUAAGUUAGUUUUAAGAGAUCGUAAAAGAAGACAUACAAAUUUAUCGAUGGCCUGGAUAGACUAUCGCAAGGCAUAUGAUAUGGUACCUCAUUCUUGGAUAGUGGAAUGUAUGAGUAUGUUCAAAAUCGCAGCAAAUGUGAGAACGUUUGUGGAAAGUAGUAUGGAGAACUGGAAAACGGAGUUAACAUCUUCGGGAGAAAGUCUUGGAAAUGUAAAUUUAAGACGAGGUAUUUUUCAAGGAGAUAGUUUAUCUCCAUUGAUAUUUGUGAUGUGCAUGAUACCAUUAAGCUUGAUACUGAGAAAGGAAAAGGUAGGGUAUGAAUUUCGCGGAAAAGAACUCAAAAUCAACCAUCUUCUGUUCAUGGAUGAUCUGAAGUUGUUUGGAAAGAACAAGGAGCAAAUAGACUCACUGGUGAAAACUGUCCAUAUUGUUAGCAAAGACAUUGGAAUGGAAUUUGGGAUAAAGAAAUGUGGAAUGCUUGUAAUGAAAAGAGGAAAGAUUGUGGAAUGUAAUGGAAUACAGCUACCUGAUGAGGAAACAAUAAAGUCCGUAGAAGAAGAUGGAUAUAAAUAUCUUGGUAUACUGGAAUUAGAUAAAAUUAUGGAGGGUGAAAUGAAGAGAAAGUUUGUAAAGGAAUACGGGAGGAGAUUAAGACUGGUGCUGAAAUCAAAACUGAAUGGCAGAAACAAAAUCAUGGCGAUGAAUACUUGGGCUGUUGCGCUGCUGAGGUACGGAGCUGGUGUUUUGAAAUGGACAAAAGAUGAAAUUGCUGCAAUGGAUCGCAAACACGUAAACUGA